AUGUCGCCUCGAAAGAGCAGAGUGACGCUCGACCUUUCUCCGCCAUGCGAAAGCUCGGGCAACGAGUCGGCCGAGCAACAAUUGGUCUCUGAAUCGCAAGAAGCUGUGUCGUCACCGCAGCAGCCACCAGGCCACUCCGCCAUCAGAAGCGCAAAUCUCCUGAACGCCGUCCGCAUUGACAGACGCCAGACCAUUUCCUAUCCCGCUCCCUCCUCUCCCCCGUCGCAAAGCUCUCGAACCCUCGGAAUUACCAGCAGCCCCGCAAAUAUGGUGCGGCAAAAGGGAAGGGCUGGCCAGCUCAAGCGGCCCAGCUUCUUGCGCGAAGAUCUGGCGAGGAACCCGCGGACAAACCUUGCGCGGAGAGGUGAUCCUUUCUUGCCCCCAGAGUCGCCGGAGAAAGCUAGCGAUACUUCGCCGUUCAAGCUGCCCGAGAGGGUCAAUCGCGCGCCCUUGAAGAGGGUUAGGAGAGUCGAGCAGGCUAUGGUAGAGGAUGAACACCCAGAGUCGAUACUCACGCGCCCACUUCCGGACAAGUAUCCUCGGAAGCCCUUCCAUGCUACGAAGAAAGCCCUUCCGUCGGGUCCUACUAUCGGCGGGCAUGAUCUGCGCAAUUCAGGAGAACAUCGGCGGAAGAGCGGUCGACUGGCGGGCGAGGAGGCGAACCUCUCCAGGGUGGAUUUCGCGAAGACGCCGGGCUUUCGUGCUCAUGCUAAGACCAGAUCGAAGCGCAAGGCCGAGAAUGAACAGCAAACAACACAGGGCCCCUCGAAGUCACCGAGGAUAGAGGGGCGAAAUGGGACGGCGAUGGAGGAGGCAGAAGCAGCCGAGGAUGCUACGACCAAGAAGCAGACACGACUCCGACGUAACGAACCUCAGGUUGUCAUCCCCGUACGGAAGCCGAAGCGCGCUCUUCCAGGAAAGGCGCCAUCCAAGAUCCCGGUAUAUGAACUAGAAGAUGACAGCUCACUACAGCUGGGCGAUGAGAAUGACUUCGACAUACAGCCACAGACCGAAGACAUCGAGAUCAUGGAGACCAGGUCGGAGUUGGUCAAGAAGAGGGGCCCACCAGCGAAGGCAACACGCUCCACUACCGUUCCCAUAGGCGGACAGACGAGAUCUAACGCUAAGCACACAGAGAAGGCACUCCCUGUCCGACGCAAACCAAUGCGAUCCAGAAGAGCACCUGCCACUAGCUCAAGAGUAGACGAAGCGGAGGAAGUCGAGCCUACCGCCGAUCACUCCGAGACGGGAGAACAGAACGAGUCUGACGAGGUACGAGAGGAGGCUAAUACUAAGGGCCACGAAGCCGAUCGGGAUUCGGUCCUUGGCGAUGCAGAAAAUAUAGAAGAAUCGGAAGCAGAAGAAGUCAGUGAUCACCAAAGUCAUGACGGCGAUGCCAACACCGCCACCGACCUCGAUCGCGUUUUCGAAUUUCUUGAUUCCAAUGCGCGGCGCGGAAGUUGUGCGACGAAGGAUGGAGCCGACAUCAGGCAAGCUUGUCGAGCAGCAGUGGAACUUGUUCAACAACCCAAUCUAACGCUCGAAGAGGUCUCUGAUACUACCAAACAACUACAAGCCAUGCUUCAGGAAAUCCGUCAUAACGAAGAUGAAAAGCAUCGACGAACGUUUAAGGCCGAUGCGUAUGGCUAUCUCUUCCGAUCUCUCACUCGGUAUUUGGAAGUACUGCAUAGUUGGCUGGAACAACAUUAUAGGGAUCUUUCGCGAUCUCUGGAAGCAAUGCGUGUUCUUUACCCUUUCGUCCACGCCAUUGUGUCGUUCAAGGACACGAUCGCCCGUUGGAACAUCCCUCUUCCGCAGCGGUACAGGAAUGACCGGCUUGUACAGGAUGUCGAUAGCCAGCUUAUUGUACCACUCCGCAAAGUCGACGAGACCUACUGUGCGAUACUCAGCCAAUUAGAAGCCGGGACUAGAAAAUGGACCCACGAAGAACUUACCCAACAACGGAAAGAGCGAGAGGAGGAACGAAGACGUUGCGAUGAGUCUCUUACUCUACGGUACAAACGGUGGCAUGACCUCCACGUUUGGCGCUUGAAAUAUGAGCCCGAUCCAUUCCUGCGACCCCAUCUAGAGUUCAAGGAGCAUCUAUUUAACCUGCUAGUUGCGGAUCUUGACGAGCGAGACGCGAAUGGGAUCAGGUUCGAGCGCAUACCGCUCUUCAGGGAGCGCUUGUCUCCGGCACGUCGGGUUUCGCCUGUCGCAACAGAGGGGUGGACUGAUGCACAGAUGGAAGCCCUAAUUGACGGGCUGACAAAGUAUGCGGGCCCUGAUGUUUUCCGAAGAAUAUUCAAAAAGUACUGCGGCUCUGGGGGUGUGUUGCGUCAAUUCACGGUCCUAGAGAUCACGGCGCAGGCAGCAGCAAUACGCUCUGCUCUGUUCAACGAAUACCAGAACAAUGAAGAUUGGGGGGAGGUGCCCCGAUGGAUCACGCAGAUCCCGGUUCUUCCGUAA